CAGUGCAAGUCCAGGGGGCAGGAUCGUGAGGUUUUCCUUCCCUUGGACUCGGAGGGUUUGCAGCAACCACGGCAGCAGCAGCAGCAGCUUAAAUGAAGUGUGUCUGCAGACUGCUGGCGCGCGGGGACACCGUGCUGGCUUGUUCAAGAUGCCAGAGAUGUACAGCCAGAAUGCAUCUUUGUUUUUUUUUUGUUUUUUUUUAGCUCUUGAGAGGGCGGAUUUAAGCCGUGCCACAUUUCUCCAGUAGCUCCCUUUUUGUAAAGAAAGCUGCAGGGCCUUGAGAAAGCAAUCCGCCUUGAUGGUAUCUGGACAGCAGCGCGCUGCACAGGCGAAUGGCAGCUCUCUGCACGGGUGAUAAAGAACUUGGGGAAAGGAAAUGGUCAAGAUGGCAGCUGUGUAUGGACUGAUACAGCUGAUGUGGUGGCGUUAGGUGUAGUCAUUUACAUUUUUAAUUGGCAUGCACGUCGCUGGAUCGCGGCGCAGGACGCGGGCGCUUGUAAAGGAACGCCGUUUGGAUUUCCUCUAAAGACUUCGCCGACUCUUCCUAUCGUUAACCCCACAUUUCGACAAAUUACCAUGUUGUAUGUUGGCCAGGGUGUGGGCUGUGCACGAGAAAAGGCAAUGUUUUGUUAAUGCUGGUCAGUCCGAUCAGCUUUGUGUGCUGCGGAUAGACGCCUUGCGGGACAGACAGACACGUGCUGGGACUGGGCUGCAGGCUGGACAUUUGCAUACCGUGCAUUAGUAAAUAAACUGUCUCUGAAGCCUGCACACAAACAUUGAUGGAAUGCGAGCUGAGUGAUUUUAUAACCCUUUGUGCAGCGACCGAGAUAUUGCGAUUAACAUGGCUGAAGCGCCGCGCAACGGCAACGAGUCCCCCUUAAACGUUGAGAUAGAUCCGGAUUUCGAGCCCCAGAAGCGGCCACGGUCCUGCACUUGGCCACUGCCCCGUCCGGAGUCUGGUGCGGACAAGCCCGGAACAAAUGACACUGACGUAAUCCCUGAAGAAGAUGACGAGGGUGGCAGCAGCGCGGAAAGCGGCGAUGCUCAGAAAGCCAGCGUCGGUGUUCUCAAAUCCCGUGUGCCGAGCAGCAGCUCCGUCUCCGAGCCUGUGGAGGUCCAGCGCGGCCCCUGCAAGGAGGAGGCCGCCGAUGGCUCGCCUUCCUCGGCGCAGACCCCCACCUCGGCUCUGGGCGGCUCUGCCUCCCAGCAGCUGAGGAAGUCCUCCGCCCGCAGGAACGCCUGGGGCAACUACUCCUAUGCAGACCUCAUUACCCAAGCCAUCGAGAGCUCCCCCGAGAAAAGGCUCACCUUGUCCCAAAUUUAUGACUGGAUGGUGAGGUCUGUGCCAUAUUUCAAGGACAAAGGCGACAGCAAUAGCUCUGCUGGCUGGAAGAAUUCCAUCCGACACAAUCUGUCCCUCCAUAGUCGUUUUGUGAAAGUCCAGAAUGAAGGAACGGGGAAAAGCUCCUGGUGGAUGGUCAACCCAGAAGGAGGGAAAGGAGGCAAAGCUCCCAGACGACGAGCCGUAUCGAUGGAUAACAGCAAGUACAUCAAAGGAGCCCGGGGACGUGCCACCAAGAAGAAAGCCUCGCUGCAGGCAGCCCAAGAUGGCAGCUCUGAGAGCUCCUCCAGUCUCUCCAAAUGGACAGGAAGUCCCACCUCCCGCAGCAGCGACGAGUUGGACGCCUGGACAGACUUUCGCUCUCGGACCAAUUCCAACGCCAGCACGCUCAGCGGUCGUCUGUCCCCGAUCCUGGCCAACCUGGAGCUGGACGAGGUGCCCGAUGAUGACUUGCCCCUCUCCCCCAUGCUGUACUCCAGCCCCAGCAGCAUGUCCCCAUCCACGGGGCCCACGGGGCUCUCUGACCUGGCAGGUACCAUGAACCUCAACGACGGGCUCUCUGACAACCUGAUGGACGACCUUUUAGACAAUAUCAGCCUGACGGCAUCCCAGCAACCUCCUCCUGGAGAGGAAGACAACGGAGCCAAUGGUCAGGGGAGCUCAGUGUUUACCUUCAGCUGCUCAGGAAGCAGUCUGGGCAGCCCCUCUGGCAGCUACGGGCCUAACCCUCUUUUUAGCCCGCCUUCCAUCACAAGCCUGCGCCAGUCGCCCAUGCAGACCAUCCAGGAGAACAAGCAGACCACCUUCUCCUGCAUCUCGCACUUCGACGACCACCAGACCCUGCAGGAUCUGCUCAGCCUGGACUCCCACAGCCCCAGCAACGUCAUGCUCACCCAGUCCGACCCGCUGAUGUCGCAGGCCAGCACCGCCAUUGCCCUGCAGAACUCCCGCCGAAAUGCCAUGCUGCUGCGCAAAGACCCCAUGUUGGUGAACCACACCAGCGUGGGUGAGGCCCAAAGCUCUUCAGUGCCUGGUUGGCAAGCUGGCUUGUCGACCUCUGACAAAGACGCGGGCCACCCCGACGCAAAGCAGCCCCACCUGAGGUCUCCCGGCAAGAACGCCUCCAUGCAGCUCGGCUCUGGUUUGUCCGUCCAGGACCGCUUUUCCGCUGAGCUGGAUCUGGAUUUGUUCAACAGCAGUCUUGAGUCUGACAUGGGAUCCAUCGGCAAUGAACUGAUGGAAGCAGACUGCCUGGACCUGAGCUUCGACUCUCGCCUCACCUCCGCCCAGAACGGCAACAGGAAUUCAGGAAGCUUCUCCAGUUCGAAACAGACCUCCCCUCACAGCUGGGUCCCAAGCUGAGAGGCUCUGUCAGAGCUCAGCAUUGGUAGGGGAAAUGUAAAUUGGGGUUCAUUGUCCUGCGUUGUGCAACUAUAGGGAAGAAACUACGUAAACGUGUAUUCAUGUAGUAUGUUUUUUCUCCAUUAUUUUCAAUGUGAGGCAUUAAGUUCGGUACUGUAUUUUAAGUGUCUGAGACACACAAUGGUGUCUUCACAGAGGAGAAAAAAAUUCUUUAAAAAGAUCAAUGCCUGGGCGGUGGGAACAACAACAUUGACUGGAAUGGAAGUACAGGACAUUUUGUUAAAAAAGCAUCAACUCGUGUUAGUCUCAGGGAAUCAUCCAUGCAGUAUCACAAAGUGGUACCUGAAACUGAAGAUGAAUUAUGUUUUCACCCUGCUUUCUCUCCUCUUUCACACCCU